AUGGUCAGACACAUUGUGUCCGCCAUCUGGCAAUCAGUAUCGGAUCUCAACAUCGGAACUGCCGCACUAGGGCUGCGUCCCCUCGAAACCGCGCGUGUUUGGGUACCUCCUUGCAACGCACAGAUCAAGGACAAUUGCUACAUUACUUUGGUCAUCCACAAGAGUCACCAGCAACGUCAGUGCGGCUUCGACCCACUGAACCCUCGGUUGAGUGGUACGUAUCACUAUGCCGGCUCGUCUCUUCUGCUGCCGCGCUCGAUUGUCGCGCAUCAUAUUGGUGUGGACCCCUUUGAUCUGGGGGAUAUCUUCCCGUUGGGCAAGCAGAAUUACCUCUUCGUUGAGAUGGUUGGAAACCCCUACCCUACGCCGGCGAGCGAUACGGCCCAGCCUACAACGCCAAGUUCAUCAGUUCGAUGCAGCUUGACAGGGUCACCGAAGACCACACCACAGACUCAUUCUGUGGUCCUAUUACAAAGUGGCACGGAGGCGAUUGUCGACAACCUGUACAUCCAGGCUGUCAAGCACUAUCUGCUCCUCACAGCAGAUAGCCCACUCGAGGUCUUCAGCCAGGAGUGGCAAGCAGACAUUUUCCCCCAGCACGUGACCCAAUACAGCUACGAUAUCUUUACUGAGGACAACGACAAUGACGAUGACGAUGACGAAGAAAUUGCCGUCUUCCCGCCGAAAAGUGACACGGAGACAAUUCGGAGAGGGCAGAUGAAAUACCUCCACUGA